AUGUCCCGUAAUAAAGAAAAACAGAACAAUGAGUUAAAUCGAUUAUAUUUAUCAAAAUUAAAGCGACCAAAAGUUAAACGACCACAUUUAUCUCAAAUUCAUACAGUCGAUGAACUUCGUCGUUGGUUACCAAUAAUUGAACGUGAAAUUCAUAUGACAUUAGCUCAAACAACAUCUGUUCGUUAUACGGAUGAAAAAGUUGAAUCAAUGUAUAAACAAAUAUCGGAAUUACAAAAUGAACAUAAAAAAUUUCGACGAAAAAUAGCUCAAUUAGAACUAGGUGCUAAUGUUAAUGUUCUUACAAAAACAAUUCCAGUUGAAAAACCUAUUCAUUUUUAUACAAAAAAAUCAAUUAAUAAUCAACAUGAAACUUUGGACGAUUUUUUUAAUAAAAAACUUGAUUUACCACUACUAUCAAUGAAUGAUUAUAAAAUAGAAUCAUCAGAAAAAAGUUUAACAGUGAUUAAUAAUGAUAAACCAUUUACAAAUAAUUCUCUUGUUGAUUAUUCGGAUUCUGAUUAA